AUGUCCCUGUGUAUUCCCCAGCAGAUGGUGAGGGAGCAGAAUGUCACCACCACCCAGGACAGCAGUGUCCCUGCCCCGGUCCCUGACUCCAUCCAUAAGAUCGGGAUCUACGGUUGGAGGAAGCGCUGCCUCUACCUGUUUGUCCUGCUGCUCAUCAUCAUCCUCACCGUGAACUUUGCCCUCACCAUAUGGAUCCUCCAGAUCAUGUGGUUUAACACAGUAUGUGGGGUCAUUGACAUCGCUCUCCAAAGACCACUUAGCUCUAGUUCAUUAAUAACACAUGCUGCCUGACCUUUACAGUAGACUACAUACAGAUUGUUGGGUGCUUGUAUGGACAAAACGUCAUAUAAUCUUUCCUGCAUCAAUGAAAAUGUGAGAUGUUUGUUAAUGAGACCUUGUCCACAUUCUGAUUGUGCCCACAUUUUAGACAGGUGUAGACAAUCAAAGGACACAUUGUGAUCUGAUUGUGAUCAGAUCAUCCUGCCCACCUCCUUAGGUAGUCAGACAUGCAUUGUGUCUGGAUAUCUUACAAGUGUAGACAGAUCUGGACAGAGAAACCAUUAAAAUCAUCAUUGUUCCACCCUCUAAAAUCCUUGACAGGUGGCACCAUUAACUGAUUACAUCAAUAUGUAUCUUACAAUAAAUACAUAUUAUUUUACAAGAAUAGCUGUGAAAUAAUUUACAUAUAGGAAGAGACCAGGAAAUCUGGUCACAAUGCAGACGGAUAACAGACACAUUUUAAUACCAUGUGUAGACACAUUUCUGGAAAUGUGGGCACAAUCAGAAAGUAGACAAGAUCAGGACAAAGGACUCAUGUUAGCACCAGGUAUAAACGGGGCUUAGGAGUAACUGAAACAACACAACGCACCCUGGGAAUAUAGUGACUGCAUUGGCAGAGAAAACACAUCGAUCUCUGCUGCUUUAGUUUGAGUUUACCCUCAGUCCUGGAGGGUAUAGCCACAUGUCUCUUAUCCUUGGCAUCCAAUGGCUGCCUGGUUGGAUGAAUCAAAUCCAAUAUUUGCCCUCUAGCAAGGUAAGCUUAGUUAUAUACACUUUUCAUGAUUCCUCCAUCCUUUUGGAAUAUAGCCUGAGAGAAGUAGUUAUUAGAUGGAAUUUAAAUCAGAGAUUCUGCUUUUGUUUCACGGCCCCGUGUAGCUCAGUUGGUAGAGCAUGGCGCUUGCAACGCCAGGGUUGUGGGUUCGUUUCCCACGGGGGGCCAGUAUGAAAAAAAUGUAUGCACUCACUUAACUGUAAGCCGCUCUGGAUAAGAAUGUCUGCUAAAUGACUAAAAUCUAAAUGUAAAUACUAUUGGAUCAUUAUCAGUCACUAUUGCCUGGGGUGCUAUGAAUCAUAUAUUCACUGCAGUGUGGUUAACUCCCAACACUGUACCCAGCAGAGACCAUCACCUAAAAAGAUUCACUCACCCUCCAGAAUUAGAAACAACACAUGAUGUCACAAAAAUCCUUGGGGACACUAUGGUUAUGGUUAGUGAGUUAAUUUCUUGUAGGAUACCCUGUGCAAUGCCUUUUCUCUGAUGCAUUGCUGAGAAAAUUAUUUCUGCUUGUCAUUUCAGGAAGGGAUGGGACAUCUAAAAGUAACAUCGGACGGAGUGAGGCUUGAGGACGGCGAGUCAGAGUUCCUCUUUCCUCUCUACGCCCAAGAGAUCCUCUCCAGAGAGGUAAGCAAACAGGCUCCUCUUCCUUCUUCUCUUCCUCAUCCUCCUCCUCCUCCUCAAACACCCACACCCAGUCCAAUAGGUUUGUGUGGAAUAAAGUGGUAUGGCUUACCAAGCUCUGACUCACUGUCAGGAAACCAUAGAAAUCAAAGUUUGUUGAGCGGUUCCUGUUAAGAACGCUGGGCAAUUACAUCAAAACAACUUUCCUGAGGUAUAGUCAUUAAAUACUGUUUAUUUUGAUAUCACUCUCUUGCAUAGUUGGGAAAUGUGUCUUACUCAAUAAGCUUUGGCAGUCCCUGUGGAUGCACAGUGCAGCGAGUUCCUUAUUAACCUCCUGAAUAUUUGUGGUGGAAAACAGUUGAUGGUGUGCAAUCCAGCAGCAGAUGGUAACACUUUGCAGCAGUUGUUUACAUGUUAUGGUUUUUCCUCAUUGUGCUUUGUGUCCCCUCACUCUAUCUUUAUGAGCUUCAUUAAAAGGGCAAUGUAUUCACCAUUUAUAGACUGACACAUUCAUCACUGAAGUCAACAGUUUCUAAUGAGAUUCAGUGUUCAUUAUACACAACCUGCUUUUCACGAGUCGGCCAAAUAGGCUACAUCUCUUUAGCCCAUUGUAACUAAAUCAUGUUUUCUGGAAGGUAAGAGUGAUGACCAGGUACUUGAACCUGUGAGCAUAACGAUACAUUUUGUAGCAUUUAUUGGCAAUGCAUCAUUUUGGAUUGUGCCCCAUGUUCAAUUACAGUCCUGUCCAGUGAUAUCUGAUAAUGACGUGCACAGGGUGCUCAUUGUGUCACGUCUCCUCCUGUUGCUCCCCUCCGGCACUCUGAUUCGCCGGUCUACUGAGCCACCGGUCUGAGCUCAACACCUCGGCAACACCGGAAUGGAAAUCCAACGCACCCUAAUCACCUCCAGCGAACCUGCACCUCAUCAUCUCAUCACCACCCCUGUUUAGCCCUGGACUGUUCUGGAUGAUGUUGUGUGUGAUUGUUAAGCUUUGUGUAGUUUAUUCUAUGUUUGUUAUUUCUCUUUCUCAUUGUUAAGUAAACCUUGACCUUGUUAAUUCCUGCGUCCUGCCUCUUCGUAUACUCAGUACUCGUCACACAUUGAUGAUCCAAGAGUUUUUGUUUUCCAGGACUCCUCUCUCCUGGUGCACUCAUCUGAAAACGUCACCCUCAAUGCCCGCAAUGAAAAUAAUGAUGUCACAGGAAGUCUAUCCGUAGGUAAGAGGACAGAAAACACACACUUGCACACAAACAGCAUGCUGGCAAUGUUCAUAAAUUGCACUAUUCUACUGAUAUAUGGAGACUUCAGAAAUGUCAUUCAUGGACUUGUCCUGCAGCUGUACUGUAUGUAAUACAACAUUAGCAAUGUUAAAACCCCAUUUAAUCAAAACACAGCUUUCUAUCAUCAGUACCAGAAUGGGCUAUCUGUUACACCAAGGCCCUCAGGCCUACAGAGACGACUAUUUGUGCACCUUUUUAUAGCUGUCCAGCGGGGUUCGUUGAGGAGUGUGCCAUAAUUAGAAGGGUAACAAACGACUAAACGAAUUACGGUGUUUCACGAGGCUGUUAUGUAUUCUUGGUUGUUAUGCCAUAAAAGGCAUUGACCUAUCUAUGUGACUCUCUGAAGGAAGUUUAAGGCUUUUAAAGACCAGUUAUUUGGUCUAUUCCCCCUCAGACGUAAGUAGUUUGGAAAGAACAUCUUGUUCUGUUCUUCUAAAGAAGAUGGCAUUGAAGUGUAUUAAAUAUCUCACUUCCCAGAGGCAGUUUUACAGUAGGUAUACCUGCACCCUGGCUUUAUUUCCUAUUAGAGGUGACAAAGUGGAAAAAUUCAUCCAAAUGUUAAAGCUGCGUGCAUUGUUUACAUGUUUUAGUGAUACAGCAUAUGAUAUCUCAAUUAUGCUAAGCCUAUGUCUCCUAGUCCCACUGCUUUGACUGCUUCUGGUUUCUAAUAAUUCUCCCUGGUGUCAUUUCAGGUCCAGAUGUGGCCCAGGGAAAUGCACAGAAUUUUGUCAUCAGCUCCAACACCAAGAUGCUGUUUUCUGCCGACGACAAAGAGGUGGUUGUUGGGACAGACAAGCUCCGAGUCACAGGUACAAUCAUGUCUGCAGUUUCAGUGUCACACCACUUAGCCAUACAUGUGUAUACAGCAUUCCAGAUAGGACCUACAGUGCAUUCGGCAAGUAUUCAGACCCCUUGACUUUUUUCCACGUUUUGUUACGUUACAGCCUUAUUCUAAAAUUGAUUCAAUAGUUUUUUCUCCUGCUCAAUCUACACACAAUACCCCAUAAUGACAAAGCAUAAACAGGUUUUUAGAAAUAUCUGCAAAAAUAAAAAACGGAAAUAUCACAUUUACAUAAGUAUUCAGAGCCUCUCCUCAGUACUUUGUUGAAGCACCUUUGGCAGCAAUUACAGCCUCGAGUCUUCUUGGAUAUGACGCUACAAGCAAGGACAUUCAGAGACUUGUCCCGAAGCCACUUCUGCGUUGUCUUGGCUGUGUGCUUAGGGUCGUUGUCCUGUUGGAAGGUGAACCUUUGCCCCAGUCUGAGGUCCUGAGCACUCUGGAGAAAGUUUUCAUCAAGGAUCUCUCUGUACUUUGCUCCGUUCAUCUUUCCCUCGAUCCUGACUAGUCUCACAGUCCCUGCCACUGAAAAACAUCCCCACAGCAUGAUGCUGCCACCACCAUGCUUCACCGUAGGGAUGGUGCCAGGUUUCCUCUAGACGUGACGCUUGGCUUUCAGGCCAAAGAGUUCAAUCUUGGUUUCAUCAGACCAGAGAAUGUUGUUUCUCAUGGUCUGAGUCCUUUAGGUGCCUUUUGGCAAACUCCAAGCGGGUUGUCAUGUGCCUUUUACUGAGGAGUGGCUUCUGUCUGGUCACUCUACCAUAAAGGCCUGAUUGGUGAAGUGCUGCAAAGAUGGUUGUCCUUCUGGAAAGUUCUCCCAUCUCCAAAGAGGAACUCUGGAGAUCUGUCAGAGUGAGCAUUGGGUUCUUGGUCACAUUCCUGACCAAGGCCAUUCUCCCCCGAUUGCUCAGUUUGGCCGGGCGGCCAGCGCUAGGAAGAGUCUUGGUGGUUCCAAGUUUCUUCUAUUUAAGAAUGAUGGAGGCCACUGUGUUCUUGGGGACCUUCAAUGCUGCAGAAAUGUUUUGGUACCUUUCCCCAGAUCUGUGCCUCGACACAAUCCUGUCUCGGAGCUCUACGGACAAUUCCUUCGACCUCAUGGCUUGGUUUUUGACAUGCGCUGUCAACUGUGGGACCAUAUAUAGACAGGUGUGUGUGUGUGUGUGUGUGUGUGUGUGUGUGCCUUUCCAAAUCAUGUCUAAUCAAUGGAAUUUACCACAGGUGGACUCCAAGUUGUAGAAACAUCUCAAGGAUGAUCAAUGGAAACAGGAUGCACCUGAGUUCUACUGCGAGUCUCAUAGCAAAGGGUCUGAAUACUUAUGUAAAUACGUUUUUUUUUGUUUUUAACACAUUUGCAAAAAUGUCUAAACCUGUUUUCGCUUUGUCAUUAUGGGGUAUUGUGUGUAGAUUGAUAAAGAUUUUAUAUUUAUUUAAUCCAUUUUACAAUAAGGCUGUAACGUAACAAAGUGGAAAAAGUGAAGGGGUCUGAAUACUUUCCGAAUGCACUUUACAAACAUUGUUUUCAUUAAUCUUCUUGUAAUUUUAAAGGAAUGAGAGCAAUGUGCUGAAUCACUGAGGUUUUUUCUUACAUAUUAAAGUCAUUACUUUUUAUUUGACAUCAUAAUUACUGGACUGGAUCAGUUUGACUUUUUCAGAAAAGUUGUUCUUGAAAAGGUAUUGAAAGUCAGAAGCUCAUUCAUCUGAAAUUACAGGAAAGGUGACAAACACUGCUUUUUAAUUGAAGUUUAUUUAUAAUUAAAGUAUAUUUAUAAUGUAAAUUGAAGCUAACUAAUGCUGUAUGCUCAAGUUGCCUAUUUUCCUUAAAUAUCUUAGUUGUGUCCAGUUUUAGAAUUGAUGAGAGGUCAGUGCCCUCAUGCUGUGUAGGGGUAAUUAGCUGAAGAGAGUGCCCGUUGAUAGCUUCAUUAUAUCUCGGUCAUCUGGAGCCUGACGGACCGCUGGACGGUGACGGUCAUUUCACUUUAGCAAGACACUGAAGCUCUAUAAUGCAACAGCAGAAAUCCUGAGCAGAAGUUAACACAACCUUGGCCAGAAAACCAUGCACCAACAGAACAAAGCUAAAGAUGUGUAUACUGUUGAAAUAGCACUCUAAGACCUAGUGAGGCUCUAUAGUGUGAUGUCUAGUGAGUAGCUUUGCAUGCUAUGGUAACAUACGAUUGGCAAAAGUUGAUGGUAUUGAAGAUGUAAUUAGAUGGCCAAGGGAGCUGUCAUCCACAGUGAUUAAAGCACUGCAAACAUUCCCUCUUUCCUUCAAGCCAGGUGGUGGGAGGUGACUCUGAGCCUGUGCAUAUGUCAUCCUCUCACUAACACCAGUUGACAAGCAACUAGGGAAACUAUUAAAUAAUAAUAAAUAAUAUGCCAUUUAGCAGACGCUUUUAUCCAAAGCGACUUACAGUCAUGCGUGCAUACAUUUUUGUGUAUGGGUGGUCCCGGGGAUCGAACCCACUACCUUUGCGUUUCAAGCGCCGUGCUCUACCAGCUGAGCUACAGAGGACCACAUUGACUGCCAAGAACUGUAGAACCACUCACAGUACAUAGCAUAAUUAAAUAGAACACUAUUUAAUGACUGUAAGUCACUUUGGAAAAAGCGUCUGCUAAAUGGCAUAUGAUAUUAUAUUACAAUAUGUAUCUCCAAUGAUGUUUCAUUGUAAUUGACUAUCAACUUAAUGAGGAGCACCUUGUGUGUUGGUUUUUAUUUAGGUCCAGAAGGUGCCCUGUUUGAACACUCUGUAGAGACGCCCCUGAUCAAAGCUGAGCCCUUCAAAGACUUGAGGUAGAUGUUGGAUCUAAUAAUCACUGACCUCUUGGAAGAGGCCGAUAUGAAAUAUUAACUCAUAAUUUCAUGCAACUUGUUUCAUCACAGUCAGUCAUAUGUGGAACUGAUCAAACUGAUGUUCUCCUGUGUGUUUCAGGCUGGAGUCUCCAACCCGCUCUCUCAGCAUGGAUGCACCAAAGGGAGUCUUUGUCAAGGCACUGGCCGGGAACAUCGACGCGGCAUCUAACAUGGAUGUUCUAUUGCACUCCAGUGAAGGACUGGUGAGGCAAUGUGUGAUUUACUUGCUAUUGACUGACAGUACUGUACUUACAUUUUACACUACAUGUGACAGAGACAUGUACAUUGGAUGCAGAUGCUAAGCUACAGGACUGUUUUGCUAGCACAGACUGGAACAUGUUCCGGGAUUCUUCAGAUAGCAUUGAGGAGUACACCACAUCAGUCACUGGCUUCAUCAAUAAGUGCAUCGACGACGUCGUGUCCAAAAUAGUCCAAGCACAACAUCACUAUUAAUCAUAAAACACGUCAAGUUUAUUUGAAAAUUCUAAAGAAAAAGAACACACAAACACACAAUGCCUCAGUGAUUAACAGAACUGUUUCACAGAUCACAGAACUAUAUCAGGGUGUCAUUUCUCAGGCAGAAAUGUAGAUAAAAAUAAUGAAAUCCUGUUCCCCAAACAAGUGCAAGAACCAUAGAGUCAAGAAUAGGUUAAAUAUACAAAUAAAAUAAAAUCAAUUAAAAACAAUAGCACAUCAACAUAAAAACAUAUAAACAUAAAUCUGAAAGCGUUGCUCAAACUCCCGUAACAGUCCCGUUAUUUUAUCUUUGAACCGCUUCAUGUCUGCCACAUGUUGGGUCGCGCACACAUUUUUCAGACAGGGGAAGUGAGCUGCAUCACCACCGGCAAGUUGCGUCUCCCACAAUGACAGCUUCAACUUGAAAGAACGUAUGCUGUCAUAAUACUGCGUGACAACUUUGUUGCGCCCUUGCAGCUGUUUGUUCAAGUUAUUCAGGUGCUCUGUAACAUCCACCAUAAAUGCAAGGUCCGGCAUCCAUUCUGCGGAAUGAAAUUCUAACACUGGUUUGCCCUUUUCUUCCAUGAACUGUUCAAUUUCUUCUCGUAAAUCAAAGAAACGCCUCAGCACAGCACCUCGGCUUAACCAUCUUACCUCAGUGUGGUAUGGCAGGCCAUAGAUGUGGUCUUUCUCUCUGAGAAGGCUGUCAAACUGACGGUGAUUCAGGCUUCUGGAUCGGAUGAAAUUAACAGUUUGGAUGACCACCUUCAUGACGUUAUCCAUCUUUAAUGACUUGCAACACAAAGCCUCCUGGUGCAAAAUACAGUGAAAAGUCAAAAAAUCACGUCCUCCAUUUGCAGAUUGCACUUUCUCUCUGAACUUUGUCACAAUGCCUGCUUUUUUCCCGAUCAUUGAGGGUGCACCAUCUGUAGCCAGGCUGACAGCGCGGGACCAGUCCACUCCGACCCUGUCCAGCGCGCCGACGAGUGCGGUAAAAAUAUCAGCUGCUGUCGUUGUAUCUGUCAUCGGCACCAACUCCACGAACUCCUCGGUGACGGUCAAUGUGUCAUCAACUCCGCGGAUGAAAAUGGCCAGUUGUGCAACAUCUGUAAUGUCCGUGCUUUCAUCAAUUGCAACCGAAAACGCAAUAAAUGACUUUACUUUUUGCUUCAACUGGCUGUCCAAAUCCACUGAAAGAUCGGAAAUCCUGUCUGCAACUGUGUUUCUUGUCAGGCUGAUAUUUGCAAAAGCCUGCCGCUUUUCAGGGCACACAAUCUCCGCUGCCUUCAUCAUGCAUGUUUUUACAAAUUCACCCUCACUAAAUGGUUUUGAAGCCACUGCGAUUUCAUUAGCAAUGAGGUAGCUAGCUUUCACUGCAGCGUCACUGAUGUCUCGGCUGUGAGUAAACACAGACUGCUGUUUCUUCAGACCCGCCAACAGUUCAUUCACCUUCUCUCAUCUCCGCUGUCCUUGAAAGUUGUCAUAUUUGUCGGCAUGAAGACUCACAUAGUGGCGACGAAGGUUAUAUUCUUUCAGCACUGCAACAUGCUCUGAACACACCAAACAUACAGCUUUCCCAUUCAAUUCAGUGAAUAAAUAGGAUGACCAUUUUUCUUGGAACACUCUGCACUCUGCGUCCACUUUUCUCUUUUUUGACAGAGACAUAUUGGGGAAAUGAGGGUGCCAAAGCACAUAAUGUUAAAAGUAGAAGCCGUAAUAAAUAUCGCGGGCAAAACAAAGUAGCUCAUUGGCUGCACGUGCUUGACCUACUUGCUCUGCCCCGGUAUAAACAGUUUGCUUGCUUAACACAAUUGCUAUUGCGCCAUCCAGUGGACGCAAUUGGAACAGCAGUUUAUUUUAUUGAAAAAUUGCAGCGCAUUUUUAUACUUUACAAAAUUAGUAUUAUAAAUUGUUUUUUUUUUUUUUUUUUUAUCAUCUCCCGGACUGGAUUAAACCCGUUUGCGGGCCUGAUCUGGCCCGCGGGCCGGACGUUUGACACCCCUGCCCUAGACCCACUCCAAUUUGCAUACCGCCCUAACAGAUCCACAGAUGAUGCAAUCUCUAAUACACUGCUCUUUCCCACCUGGACAAGAGGAACACCUACGUGAGAAUGCUAUUCAUUGACUACAGCUCAGCGUUCAACACCAUAGUGCCCUCAAAGCUCAUCACUAAGCUAAGGAUCCUGGGACUAAACACCUCCCUCUGCAACUGGAACCUGGACUUCCUGACGGGCCGCCCCCAGGUGGUAAGGGUAGGUAACAACACAUCUGCCACACUGAUCCUCAACACGGGGGACCCUCAGGGGUGCGCUCAGUCCCCUCCUGUACUCCCUGUUCAUUCAUGACUGCAUGGCCAGGCACGAUUCUAACACCAUCAUUAAGUUUGCCGAUGACACAACAGUGGUAGGUCUGAUCACCGACAACGAUGAGACAGCCUAUAGGGGGGAGGUCAGAGACCUGCCCAUGUGGUGCCAGGACAACAACCUCUCCCUCAACUUGACCAAGACAAAGGAGAUGAUUGUGGACUACAGGAAAAAAAAGAGGACUGAGCACGCCCCCAUUCUCAUCGACGGGGCUGUAGUGGAACAGGUUGAGAGCUUCAAGUUCCUUGGUGUCCACAUCACCAACGAACUAUCAUGGUCCAAACACACCAAGACAGUCGUGAAGAGGGCUAGACAAAGCCUAUUCCCCCUCAGGAGACUGAAAAGAUUUGGCAUGGGUCCUCAGAUCCAAAAAAAAUUAUACAGCUGCACCAUCGAGAGCAUCCUGACUGGUUGCAUCACCGCCUGGUAUGGCAACUGCUCGGCCUCCGUCCGCAAGGCACUACAGAGGGUAGUGCGUACAGCCCAGUACAUCACUGGGGCCAAGCUUCCUGCCAUCCAGGACCUCUAUACCAGGCGGUGUCAGAGGAAGGCCCUCAAAAUUGUCAAAGACUCCAGCCACCCUAGUCAUAGACUGUUCUCUCUGCUACCGCAUGGCAAGCGGUACCGGAGUGCCAAGUCUAGGUCCAAAAGACUUCUCAACAGCUUCUACCCCCAAGCCAUAAGACUCCUGAACAGCUAAUCAUGGCUACCCAAACUAUUUGCACUGCCCCCCCACCCCCACCCCAUCUAUUUAUGUAUAGUCACUUUAACUCUACCCACGUACAUAUUACCUCAACUAGCCGGUGCCCCCGCAUAUUGAUUCUGCACCGGUACCCCCGCACAUUGACUCUGCACCGGUACCCCCCUGUAUAUAUAGCCUCCCUACUGUUAUUUUAUUUUACACUUUUUUGUUGUCGUUUUAUUUUACUUUUUUUAUUAAAAAGUACAUGCAUUGUUGGGUAAGGGCUGUAAGUAAGCAUUUCACUGUAAUGUCUACACCUGUUGUAUUCGGCGCAUGUGGCCAAUAAAAAUUUAUUUGACUUACUCACUGGCCUUUAUUUAUAAAUAGCAGUGAUGCUGUCCCCUAGUGGCAUGUAAAUGUAUGUAUUUCAGCAGUGGUGUGUUCUGCAUCUGACCCCGCCCUUUGUGUGUUGUCUGUGUAGGUGAUUCUGGAUGCCGAGACGGUGCGUCUGCCUAGUCUCCCCCUGGGACAUGGAGGGGUGUCUGGAAAUGCUCAGGGACUCUACGAAGUGUGUGUCUGUCCCAGCGGAAAGCUGUUCCUGUCCAAGGCUGGGGUCACCUCUACGUGCAGCAAAAGCCAAGAGUGCUAG